AUGGGUGUCCAGAAGUUCUCCCCUUUCCUGGCUCUUGGCAUCUUGCUCCUGUACCAAACCUGCAGCCUCCAGGCGGCACCUUUCAGCGUCACUGCCCAGAAAAGAGCCUGCAAAACUGCCACCUGUGUGACCCAACGCCUGGCAGACUUGCUGAGCAGAUCAGGGGGCAUGCUGAAGAGUAACUUCGUGCCCACCGACGUGGGCUCCAAGGCCUUUGGCCGGCACCGCAGGGACCUUCAAGCCUGAGCAUCUGAGAGACCCCUGGAAGAAGGUUGUCAGGCUGACAGCAACAUUACAGGAGAGCGACUUACAGAAAACUGUCCAAGGAAG